AUGGAAGGUUCAAGGACUGCCACCUCUGCCGCUGUGGCGGAGGACGCUUCUUCACAGCGCAAUCCUUUCGAUACACCUGGUGUUGAUAACACUGAUACCAAUCCCUUUGCGACACCCGCUGUUGCGACGCCUGCUGCUGAGUCUGUGACAUCACGACAAUUAGGACAGACUCGCAAUACUUCUUCGUUUGAUGUACCUACCGUUCGUCGGCGCUUCAGAAGUAGUCGUCUUCAUGGCGAGUUUGAGAAGCCAUGGCUAGAGACUAAGAAGAAAGAAUGGAAUUGGGACAGCACCAUUUUCUACACAUGUAUCCUUCUCGGUCUUGGUAUCGGCGGAUACCUCUGCUGGACAGAGACAAAAGUCCCCAAACACGAUUACUGCUUGGUCAUGGACGACCAUUUCCAGAACCUCAAUAACUGGAACCAUGAAGUUCAAAUGAACGGCUUCGGUACUGGUGCCUUUGACUGGACUACCAAUGAUCCAGCCAACUCUUAUGUUGACGCAGAGGGUCUUCACAUCGUCCCUACAGCGACAACUGAGAGCACUUCCAUCACCGGGAAUCAACUCCUCAAUGGCUUCACUGUCAACAUGACCACCAACAGUCGCACCUGGGGAAAGUGCACAGCCAAGAGCAUUAAGAAGAACAACGACCGUUGGCCCUGUGCAUCCCGCAGCAAUGACACGCUUGGUCAAAUCAUCAACCCUGUGCGGUCAGCACGCCUAAACACAAAGGGCAAGAAGACCAUCAGGUACGGGCGCGUUGAGGUCGUGGCGCGUAUGCCCAAAGGUGACUGGCUCUGGCCUGCUAUCUGGAUGAUGCCCCAGGAUGAGGUCUACGGCGAGUGGCCCAAGUCUGGUGAGAUUGAUAUUGCUGAGAGCCGUGGUAACGAUGCAAGGAAGUACCCCAUGGGUAACAACCUUGUGUCGUCGGCGCUUCACUGGGGAACUGCUACGGAGAAUGAUCGAUGGAGGAGAGCUUAUGGCGAGUGGGGAGGAAAGCGAGUCCUAUACUCUGAGAAAUUCCACACUUAUGGUUUGGAGUGGAGUGAGAAGUAUCUCUUUACCUGGCUAGAUGGCCGUCUCCGACAAGUUCAAUUCUUUGAUUUUACCAAGAACAAGAAUCUCUGGACAUAUGGAGAAUUCGCCAACCAGCCCAUCAACGGUUCCAUCCCCGUGGACCCUUGGAGCAGCACAGGUCGUAAAAACACACCUUUUGACGAAUCAUUCUAUCUCAUCCUCAACGUUGCAGUCGGCGGUACUAACGGUUGGUUUCCCGACGCGAUUGGCGACAAGCCCUGGGCUGAUAGCAGUGAGACCCCUAUGCGAGACUUUUGGAAGGCCAACUCUACCUGGCUUCCCACCUGGGGUCCUAUCAAGGAUCGUGGCAUGGUUGUGAAGUCUGUCAAGAUGUGGCAGGAGGGUAAAUGUGGUGGAACCAUCAGAUCUGGUUGA